AUAAAUAAAGCUAUUUGCUUCCGGAUCUAAACUUUUGUGUUGUUGCUAAGCAGCUUCCAUUUCGUCUUUUACACAGAAGAAAAAAAAUUAAUUAAAUGAAUUAUAUCCAGUUGGCUUCAGAAACCACAGUAUUAAACACGACUCCGGUCAAACAAGUCAGAUCACUGGAUUUUUAUUUUCAGUAGUAGUGUUUCCACUUCUACACAGUAAACAAGCUUGGAAAGCAAAAAAAAAAAAAUGGCUAUGCUUCUUAUUAUUCCGCUGUUAGUGCACUCCAUCCUAUUCACCAUUUCAAGUGCAGUGUUCUCACCCCAGCCUGGGAUCUGCUACGGCCAACUAGGCAACAACCUUCCACCGCCAUGGAAGUCAGUGGAGCUCAUAAAGUCCCUCAAAGCGAAGCGCGUCAAAAUCUACGAUGCCACGCCGGAGAUUCUCCACGCGCUCAAAAACACCACCAUUCAAGUCUCCAUCAUGGUCCCCAACGAGAUCAUCUUCAACGUCUCCACCAACAAGACAUUUUCCGACCAGUGGGUUCGAAACAACGUAGUAUCAUUCUACCCACACACCCUCAUCCGCUACCUGCUUGUCGGCAACGAAGUCAUCAGUAGCACAAAGAAUGACACGUGGCAGCACCUCGUCCCCGCAAUGCGCAACAUCAAGCGCUCCCUCAGAUCCUUCCGCAUCACCAAAGUCAAGGUGGGAACUCCAUCUGCCAUGGACGUUCUAGAAUCCUCCUUCCCACCCUCAAACGGUGCGUUUCGCAAGGACAUAGCUGCUCCCAUAAUGAAACCAAUGCUCAAGUUUUUGGACCGCACCAAGUCCUUCUUCUUCCUUGAUGUGUACCCGUUUUUCGCCUGGGCUUCGGAUCCCACAAACAUAAAGCUGGAAUACGCGCUUUUCGAAUCCAAGAACAUAACCGUUAGUGAUUCAGGUACAGGUCUUGUUUACUCAAACCUCUUCGAUCAGAUGGUAGAUGCUGUUUACUUCGCCAUGAAGCGGAUCGGGUAUCCGAAUAUUCGGAUCUUCAUUGCGGAAACGGGUUGGCCAAAUAAGGGGGACAUUGACCAGAUCGGAGCCAAUAUUUUCAAUGCUGCUACUUACAAUCGCAAUUUCGUUAAGAAAGUAAUGACUAAAACCCCGGUUGGGACCCCGGCGCGACCUGGUUGGGUUCUUCCAUCUUUUAUAUUCGCGCUGUAUAACGAGAACCAGAAACCAGGUCCGGGUACGGAGCGGCAUUUCGGGUUGUUGUUCCCGAACGGGUCAAUGGUUUACGAUAUUGAUCUUUCGUGGAAGACGCCGGAGUCUGAGUUCCGGGCAUUGCCGGCACCGGAGAACAAUGCGCCGUACAAGGGGAAGAUAUGGUGCGUGGCGGUGCGUGGGGCAAACGAGACGGCGGUGGCGUCGGCAUUGUCAUACGCGUGCUCGCAGGGAAAUAACACGUGUUACCCGAUUCGAGCCGGGAAACGGUGUUUUAAACCCGAUUCACUGUACUGGCAUGCUAGCUACGCGUUUAGUUCAUACUGGGCGCAGUUUAGGAAGACUGGUGGAACUUGUUACUUCGAUGGGCUUGCCACGCAAACUACAAAGGAUCCAAGUUACGGAUCUUGCAAGUUCCCAAGUGUAACACUAUGAAGGAGUCAACACAAGAAAAUGAAGAUAUCAUUACUACACCAUUUAAUAACUACUACUAGGAACUUAUUAUUCCACCAUUUUGAUAUCCGUUUAAUUGCUUUCAUUUCAUUAAUAUUUUGUUCCUCCUCUCGGCAGCAAUAUGUGCCCACCACUCCACCGGGGAGGAAUUCACACUAAGCAAUGAGCUCAAUAAUUUAUAGCCAUGAUUUGACA